AUGCCUCGAACACGACUACUCCAGGGCUCCACGGUGGCGCCGAGCAGCAUGACCCGGAUUAGGUACCUCCGCGCUGCUGUCUCGGGAUUUUAUCUGUGGGAAGCCGCGGUACUGCUCAGCUUGGUAGCCACAAAGGAAACAGACAGUGCAAGAUCUCGUAGCAUGCCAAUGUCGCCAUCUGAUUUCCUGGAUAAGCUAAUGGGGAGGAUGUCAGGCUACGAUGCAAGGAUCAGGCCAAAUUUCAAAGGCCCUCCAGUUAAUGUCACAUGCAACAUAUUUAUAAACAGCUUUGGAUCCAUUGCAGAGACAACCAUGGAUUACCGAGUAAACAUAUUUCUCCGUCAGAAUUGGAACGAUCCACGUCUCGCAUACAGUGAAUAUCCAGAUGACUCUUUAGACUUAGACCCAUCCAUGCUGGAUUCAAUUUGGAAACCUGAUUUGUUUUUUGCCAAUGAGAAAGGUGCCAACUUUCAUGAAGUUACAACAGAUAAUAAGCUGUUACGAAUUUUCAAAAAUGGAAACGUACUUUAUUCCAUCAGAUUGACUUUAAUACUGUCCUGUCCGAUGGAUCUCAAAAAUUUUCCAAUGGAUGUGCAAACAUGUAUAAUGCAGCUGGAAAGCUUUGGAUACACAAUGAAUGAUCUAAUUUUUGAAUGGCAAGAGAAGGGAGCAGUUCAAGUAGCAGAAGGUCUCACACUGCCACAGUUUCUGCUGAAAGAAGAAAAGGAUUUGUGUUACUGCACCAAGCAUUACAAUACAGGAAAGUUUACAUGUAUUGAAGUCCGAUUCCACCUUGAGAGGCAGAUGGGUUACUAUCUCAUCCAGAUGUACAUACCAAGUCUCUUGAUUGUCAUUCUCUCCUGGGUUUCAUUUUGGAUCAAUAUGGAUGCAGCUCCAGCCAGGGUGGCUUUAGGCAUAACAACUGUACUGACCAUGACAACACAAAGCUCAGGUUCAAGAGCAUCUCUUCCAAAGGUGUCAUAUGUGAAAGCAAUUGACAUCUGGAUGGCUGUAUGUCUGCUCUUUGUGUUUUCUGCACUUUUGGAGUAUGCAGCUGUAAACUUUGUGUCAAGGCAGCAUAAAGAACUUCUGCGAUUCCGCCGCAAGAGGAAGAAGAACAAGUAUUUUGAGGGAGUUCUUGAUGGAAAUGAAAUCAGUGAAUCAUUGCAGCAUAGCAAUGGCUUGAGAUGUACAGGACCUAUAGACGGGACUUUGCCUCAAAUCUACAGUACAAAUUUAAGGGAUGAUGAUGCAAGGGACAGUCAGUUUAGCUUUACAGCAUAUGGAGUGAGCCCAUGUGUGCAAGCAAAAGAUGGAGUGACACAAAAGGGGCCAAACAAUCCUGUUCAAGCUGCACCAAAAAGCCCUGAGGAAAUGAGAAAGGUAUUCAUUGACCGGGCUAAGAAGAUAGACACGAUAUCCAGAGCUUGUUUCCCAUUAGCCUUUCUGAUUUUCAAUAUUUUUUACUGGGUAAUUUACAAAAUCAUCAGGCAUGAGGACAUUCAUCAAUAA